AUGAAUCCAACCUCCGAUCGGCGCAAGGCUGGGUCUCUACCAAAAAUGGCGUCGACCAUCCCUAUUGUCAAGAAGAGGACGAAGACGUUCAAGCGUCACCAGUCGGACCGCUACCACUCCGUCAAGGAGUCGUGGAGGAAGCCGAAGGGUAUUGACAACCGCGUUCGUCGCCGCUUCUCGGGCCAGACCCCCAUGCCCAAGAUCGGUUACGGCUCGAACAAGAAGACCCGUCACCUCAUCCCCUCGGGCCACAAGGAGGUCCUCGUCAACAACGUUCGUGACCUCGAGCUCCUUCUCAUGCACUCGGGCAAGUACGCCGCUGUCGUCGCCCACGGCGUCUCGUCGAAGAAGCGCAUCGAGAUUGUUGCGCGUGCCAAGAUCCUCGGCGUCAAGAUCACCAACGUUGCCGCCAAGCUCCGCACCGAGGAGGCUUAG